GGGGACGGAGAGACGGGGACGUGAGCGGCCAUUGAGGGUGGCUAGGGUGCCGGUGAGCCUCCCCUCCCCAUCUGCUCGGUGUGCGGGCUGAGCUUCGAGGGGCUGGGCUUCAAUGGAGGAACACAUGACGGGGCACAACAAGGAGAAGCGUUAUGAGUGCGACAUGUGUGGCAAGGCCUGGCAGAGCCCGAGCCAGCUGGAGAUCCACCGACGGGUGCACACGGGUGAACGUCCCUUUGACUGCUCCGACUGUGGUAAGAGCUUUACCCAGUUGUCGGGACUGCAGGGGCACCGGCGGGUGCACAAGGGAGAACGCCCCUUUGAAUGCUCCGACUGCGGCAAGAGCUUCAAUACGGUGGAACUAAAGAUCCACCGACGAGUGCACACGGGCGAGAAGCCCUAUGGCUGCUCCACCUGCGGCAAGAGCUUUGCCGAUUCGGCGGGGCUGCAGGGACACCAGCGCGUGCACACGGGCGAGAAGCACUAUGGCUGCUCCAUCUGCGGCAAGAGCUUUACCAAGUCGUCGGGGCUGCAGGUGCACCGACGGGUGCACACGGGAGAACGCCCCUUUGACUGCUCCGACUGCGGGAAGACCUUUACCCAGUUGUCGGGGCUGCAGGUGCACCGGCGGGUGCACACCGGAGAACGCCCAUAUGACUGCUCCGACUGUGGCAAGACCUUUAUCCAAUUGUCGGGGCUGCAGCUGCAUCGGCGGGUGCACACGGGAGAACGCCCCUUUGAAUGCUCCGACUGCGGCAAGAGCUUCAAGACGGCGCAGGAACUGAAGAUACACCGGCGGGUGCACACGGGCGAGAAGCCCUAUGGCUGCUCCACCUGCGGCAAGAGCUUUACCGAUUCGUCGGGGCUGCAGGGGCACCAGCGCGUGCACACGGGCGAGAAGCCCUAUGCCUGCUCCACCUGCAGCAAGAGCUUUACCAAGUCGUCGGGGCUGCAGGUGCACCGGCGGGUGCAUACGGGAGAACGCCCCUUUGACUGCUCCGACUGCGGGAAGACCUUUACCCAGUUGUCGGGGCUGCAGGUGCAUCGGCGGGUGCACACCGGAGAACGCUCCUUUGAAUGCGCCGACUGCAGCAAGAGCUUCAAGACGGCGCAGGAACUGAAGUUACACCGGCUAUUGCACACGGGUGAGAAGCCCUAUGGCUGCUCCACCUGUGGCAAGAGCUUUGCCCAGUUGUCGGGGCUGCAGGUGCACUGGCGGCUGCAUACAGGAGAACGCCCCUUUGCAUGCUCCAACUGUAGCAAGAGCUUCAAGACGGCGCAGGAACUGAAGUUACACCAGCGAGUGCACACGGGUGAGAAGCCCUAUGGCUGCUCCAUCUGCAGCAAGAGCUUUGCCCGGUUGUCGGGGCUGUGGGAGCACCGGCGUGUGCACAGCAGUGAGCGGCCCUUCAUAUGCUCCGACUGCGGCAAAGGCUUCAAGUCGUGCAGGCACCUGAAGGUGCACAGGCGCCUGCACACCGGGGAGCGGCCCUACACCUGCAGCGACUGCGGCAAAGGCUUCACCUGCUCCAGCAGCCUGCUGCCCCACCAGCAGGUGUGUCGAAGUAUGUCGAACUGAACGUGUAAAAUAACUCAAAACACAAGUCUCAGCAAAAGAGUCUUUACUAGAAGUCACCCGGGUGAUGAGAGAACACAGUCACUUGUAUCGACAAGGAGCCCACACAAGAGCCUGUCGCUGUUCCCUCUGAGCAAUACAAAAGAGUAUAAUCAUAUUUAUACAGAUAAAACGGGUUGAAGCACACGGUUAUGAACAAAGGAACUCAGUUAAAGAAGAGAUACAUAAUGUAGUUCCUUAGUCAGGUUAGGGAGUGUUAGGGAAGUAAAAGGCAGUUGCUAUAGUAAGAAGGCACCUAUUGCAUUGUUCAGCCCCCUACAGGACACUAGUAUCAAUAUAGAAUGUGAGAACGGCUCUUAUCUUGGUUCUUGGUUUCCAAAAUAUUCCAAAUGGAAUUUAAACUGGAGGUGGACACAGACACAGUGAAAGUCGCUUUAUUCGCUUUACAGAAUUACUGCAGAAGUCAGUUUUAAAAUGAAACUAGCAUCCUUUCCACAAAAUGGCAGUCACAGCUAAAAUAAGUAAAACAAGCUAAAUAAAAUGGCGGCUAUUGCUUUAACUCUUACAUUCUUCCCUUUUGAUUAAACUUAAUCAAUAUAUCAAAUGAUGCAGCUAGAAGCUAUAUAUUUGCAAAUACAUGGUGCACAGAAAUAAAGCAGUAAAGUGAUGAUUAUAAUUAUCAUAAUAGUAGUUCCAUAAUGCCACACAAGCCCCCAAGCAGACCCUCCAGUAAACCAACUACAUAUACCCUGGUUUUCAUUCUCACCCAGUUUCUCCCCCUCACCCGGGAUCCUUUUUAAUAUGGGCUGCCGGAUCAGUUAUGUUGGAGGAUUCGUUGGGAAUAUAGCUACAGAAAUCUUGCCCUUUGAUAGCACAGGUGCCCCCUUUCUCGGCCAGAAUAAAUUCUAAGGCCAUUUGAUUCUGUAGCACCACUAUCCUCAUGGCAACCAUUUCAGCUGUCAGUGACUCGAUCUGGGCCUGAGUUCCCAUAAGGACAGCUGCUGUAUUAUUAGCCAAUUCCUCCAAUAGCCCAGUAAGAUGGCCAAUCCUUGGCGCAUUUCAAUUUAUCCCAUACCAGGGGAGCAAUUUCAUCCCAGCACUCUCACCUGGGGAGAGAUACCGUUUUGUAAACUGAGAUCUAGGUGCGAGGUUCUUAAAUAUAGGAUGGUCUGUUAUUAGUUUAAAAUGACACAUAGCAGGGACCACAUUAGCAAGGUAACAGCAUCCUGUCCAAUGAUGUGGGCCAUACCCCCGUCUUACCCUAUUUCCAUCGUUGGGUGGCAUACCUGGUAACCAUGGAUAGGCCCAUGAUCCACAUAUAAAAUAUGUACUGUUAACAGGUCAGGGUGGGCCAGAGGUAGCACGUGGUGCAUCAACUGUGUCCCAGGAAAACCCCUGUGCCUUUAUGGUAACAGCGACAGGUGGCAUUAACUGGCUUCUGGGAGGAGCUUCCAAUAUCUUUAAUCGUAGAAGUUGUGCCCCUUUCUGUACAUUAAUUUUCCAAUCCUCCUUAAAAGGUGGAACAUACCAUCCCUUAAAGUUGUUGUAACUCGGGGAACCAUCCCUGCUUUCCGACAAAUCGUUGUAUUAACGGAGGAAGAAAAACACUAAGGCAUAUUUUUCAGUGGUAUCCAGUGCGAUAGGGACCAGGGGAAUCCCUCCUUUCACAUUUUGUGGCAUAGCUGCGCAUACCCAGCAGGACUGAUCAGUAGGGGUGAAACGUUGUGCGUACUCAUGGGUCGCUUCAAGAUAUACAUUCUUCUCCUAUGGUUGACUUAGUGGGGUCAGGGAACUGAUAAUAAUGAACACUGUCCAGCACCAAGCCAUGGCAAAAGAGCCUUUAUUCGUGGCUCGGUGCAGCUGUCUUCUUGCAGUCGGAGUGAUGCACACACCGAGGGUGUCCUUCCACUUUAGCGGCUGUAGAGGUGGUGAGAAGUACAAGGUAUGGACCUCUCCAGCGGUCACCCAAUUUCUUCCAAUCCGAAUUGCGUAUCAGGACGUAGUCGCUGGCCUGUAGCUGUCCUUCCUUAGGUGGUUUGUCCGGGUACCGUUGUGUUUCCCGAACCUGUGAAUGCAGAACUGACAAAGAAUCCAUUCGUAAUUGCAUGUAUGUUAACAACUGUUCAUCGAAGGCAUGGAGAUCAUCGGCUGUUUCCACAACUUCUUCAGCCUUCCAUACAUUACUUCUGCUGGGGUCAAUUGAGUAGUAGAAUACGGGGGAUAAUACGCAUAGCAAAUAGAGCCAUAGGCAAAACCUGGACCCGUUGUUUCUUCAAUUAGUUUGGCAAGCUUGCUUUUUAAAGUUCCAUUAGCUCGUUCCACAAUUCCUGCAGCCUGUGGAUGGUGUACACAGUGCAGGGCUCUCACUUAACUGUUUUUCCCUAUUGCCGGCCGGGCUAAUUAGGCAGCUCUUUAGGUUGCCAAAUGACAGUUUAGGUGGUCAUUUAAGACGGCUUGUAAUUUCCUUGAUUACAGUAUAAUAAUUGGGUAAAAUUGUUAUUAAAAUUUUGGAAAAACCCAACAACCCCCACAAUCAAGAUGCGGAUUAUGGAGAUGUCAGAGACCUUACAUUUGGAAAAAAUUAGAUUUGUCUUAAUUGACAAACCAGAAUUAUUUAUUAGAAUAUGGUCUCCAUUUAUAGAUUAUUUGAAGGGGUAGAUUGGACCGGCGCGGAGGCCGGACUGAAGCCUAAUCCCAGAACUAGAUGAAUAGUUAUGUUCUUUGACCUACGGACCUAUCUCCCAAGUUGUAUUAUUGAUAGUUUAUCCUAUUUUUCUAAUUUCUUUCUUUCUUUCUUUCUUUCUAUAUUUUUCCUAUCUAUAAAUAUAUAUAAAUAAUUAGAGUCAAUGUUAAUAGGUAACCGAUAAAGGAGGAUCCCAGCUACUUUGGUAACUGGGUCCCUGGAAACCUGGAUAUUUAAUAUGUAACCGUUAAACAAAGUCUGUACUGAUUUGGAUAAAAAAAUUAAAAAGACGGCUUGCAUGACGUGUGCAAUAAUGUGCUCGGACGAAGUGUGUAGUUACCAGUCGGAAUUAUGCUCAAUGAAGCAUUCACAUACAAUAAAAUAUACAAUAUUUAUUAAUUGUCAUUUGAACUUCAAUGAGGCUCAAACGAAGCUCUGUUUCUGCAGCCAUACAAACAAAACAAUUUCUACAAGGCACACAAACAAUUCAAUUCACACAAACAUCCAACACAGUGAAUCUCCUCCUCACUGUGAUGGAAGGCAAAGUCUUUUCUCUCCCGUGUGUACCAUUGUUCUCCCGAUGUUGAAGCCCCAGGCGGGUGAUGGUAAGUCCCACGGCCGUUAAGGCCGCCCAGGGCGAUGUACGGCCCCGCUCCAGGUCUUAAUGUCUGAAAGUUGGAGGUGUCCCGUCCACCGGGCCGGCGGCUGGAGCCUCCGAGCUCCGGAGUCGGGCUGCAGCAGCGAGCCACCACUGCUCCCCACGCUCUGAGGCCAGCCAGCCCCACGAUGGUAAGUCCGCAGCUCCGCAGGCUCUGCGACUGGAGGCCCCUAGCUCCACGGUACUAGGCCCCAACGACAACGGAGACCCAACAGGAAAAAGACAUAUUAUUUCUGCUUCAAAUAAAGUCACAAACUAAACAUAUUCACAAAAUCAAGACAUGGUAUAUACCACAAUGACAUGCAGCAAAAUUAUAAUACAGUAUCUCAACUCUUUUUACAUGUUGCAAUAAAUGCAACUUCUAUUAUUUCUUUCCACACCAAACAAAAAUGUGGUUGGGUUAUUCAGCGUAUGAUCAACCUGUGUCAAUAUAUGCUGGACCAUGGUAUAUAUGCUUAACCAUGCACACUAUAGAUUGAUGCAAGCAUGGUUUCUGUGAAGGACCGAAAAUUAUUGUGACAUGACCAUAGCAUGGGUCGUUAUUGCUAUUGGUAUAGAAACACUCUCGCUUCCCACAUAAUUUAUCCACAACAAAAUAUACAGGUUGCAAGGAAAUUUCUAAAGGCAUUUUAUGAUAAUAGUUGUUAAAACCGACUAUACCCAUUCUACAGGUUACACUAGCUGACAAGAGAUGGCCAAAGGACAUAACUGCAGCAAAUGUUCUUAUGGUAAUAUGUUUGAAGGUGUUAAAAUGUCACAUUACUGGACAUUCAGAUUAGAAAUAUGUGCUGCGAACAGCAAUGCAGAUACCCAGUUUGUACGCAGCAGAUUAAAAAAAAAUUAUUGAUAAACACUGUUUUCAUCAUUCCCACUUGAGAAUUAACUUAAAAUUUCAACUGAAAUAUCUCAUGACCAAAAUUGUGAUGUAUAUGACUAGAAGUAAAACCUGGAUAAAUCCAACGUAUAGUUGUGAAUGUUGCUCAUUAAAUAACUACUGUACUGA